AUGGAAAUUCGUAACGCAGCGGGGGUUGUUUUCCAUAGCGCCUACCCUGUGCUGUGCAGACAUUUAUCAGAAUUCCAGAAGAUCCUAUAUAAAUGUGAUCUCCAUAGCUCUCAGUUCAUUCCAGUCGGCACAGCGAAAGCUCCGAAAAUGUCGAAAAUAUCCCUGAUCACGUUUUCCGCCAUUUUCCUCUUCCUUUAUUUCAAAAGCGGUGCGGGAGACGACCUUCAAGAGAAGCGCAACGAUGACCCCAACUAUUCGCCCCUUUGGUUCGGCCCUAGAGUGGGCAGGAGGAAGAGGAAUCUGAUGGAGGACGGCUACAAGAGCAACGUGGGCAAGGAAGAGGUGGAGGUGCUGCUGGAUUUGAUCAGGAAAAGUCCGUGGACCAUCGUGUUGUUCAGUAAUGGUAGAACCCACUAUUUGAAUUUCGACCCGAAAUCAUCUUCAGAUGAUGUCACCGAGGAGCAGAUUACCAAUUUGGUGCAAAGGUCCAUGUUUGCUCCGAGAUUAGGAAGAUCCAUGUUCGCACCAAGACUGGGCAGAGAUACAGUCGAAAUGGGACUUGAAUAACGAACCGUAUAAUGAAGAACAAUGAUUAUAAUAAUUGUUGAACAAUUCCGAAUACAAUAAAUUUUCUUGAAGUUGCAAGUA